CUGUGGAGGGAGUAGGUUAUUGCCCAGCCUGAAGACAGUUAGUUACAGAUUGAGGAACCUGAGAGUUGAACUGAGGGUUGUGAGGUCAGCAUCGUGCACGUUGGUUCUCGUCCCUGCUGGUCGGGGUACGAGUAGGGAGCUGGUCUCACCUAACAGAGGCGUCCAGGAGACUGCCCACUAUUUAUUCUCUAGUUGGUGUCUUCUGCAACGGGAUGAGCAAGAUCCAGGUGGUGGAGGGAUACAGGGUUGGAGGGAGGCAUGAGUUGGUGGGGUCUGAAGUUGCUGCUGCGCAGGGAUACGUAAAGGAGUUUACGCGCCACUCCAACGACGUCCUGCUGAAUCUGAACGAGCUGAGGCACCAGAACAUUCUAACCGAUGCCACCCUGGUGGUGGGCACUGCCCGACUGCAGGCACACUGUGCUGUGCUCAUUGCCUGCAGUGGGUUCUUUUACUCCCUGUACUCCCGUCGUGUGUCAUCCCCUGGAUGGAGUGGUACUGGAGACCAGGCCCUGACCCUGUCCCUCCCUGACUCCCUGGACCCCUCCAGCGUCUCCCUGCUCCUGGACUUUAUGUACACCUCCCGGCUGCCCCUCACGCCACGCACCGUCCCCGGGGUGCUCUCCGUCGCCACCUACUUGCAGAUGGACCACGUGGCCGACACCUGCAGGGCUUUCAUGUUACACAGUGAGAGGAUGAGAGGGACGCCCCCUCAAAUGAAGCUGGACUCCACGGUGUCUGUAGUGUCUGCAGCACCCUCAGGGGGAGUUCCUCUCAAUCCCCCUGUCAAUGGAAGACCCCGCCCAUCUGUCCUCGUUGUCUCCACCCCCUCCCAGUCCGCAGCGGAGGCUGAGGGUCGUAUGUGCCGUGACUUGGCCAGCAGGGUCCCUGGAGACUUCCGGGCCUCUCUGCAGCCAGGGACUUUCCUGACCCGCGAGCCCAGGUCAAAGGAACUAAAGCUGGAGCUUGAAUCCCCCCUCCUGGCCUCCCCCACCUCCACCCCUUCUCCAGACAGCCCGUCUCGCUCCAGCUGUCAGCCCAACUCUCCUGCUGAGUCCAACACCUGUAAUCUGGGUGAACCCAAGCGCAACCCUGACCCCAAAGCCUGCAACUGGAAGAAAUACAAGUACAUCGUCCUCAACCCUCUCUGUGCCAUAACCACGGUGAAGGAGGAGGAGCCUGAGGAGGGCCAGCAGCAGCUUGACCACAUCCCCACCUCUGAUAGGAUGGAAGUGACAUUGAAGCCACCUAUGGAGGCGUGGCCAAGGGAAGGAUCCGGCCAAAAUGAAAGGCAGGGGCAGGCCUCCUGCUAUGAUGUCCCUGGCUGUAGCCCUCCCCUGGUGCCCCACCCAGGGCUGCCUGCCCACCCUGUGGACCAUCCCAUGGAGGCCCCCACCCACAAGGAAGGAACAGUCUCGCCUUGCUAUCUGGCACCCCGCCCAUUGGAGCCAGAGGCCGCCCGUCACUGCCAAAACCCAAUUAAGCGUGAGAAUUACGGCUUGCCAUUCUGUUACUCUGGCAACCUGAGUGUGAUAAAGACUGCCUGCACAGGAGACAAGCCGUACCGAUGCAACGUGUGUGGUGCCCAGUUCAACCGGCCCGCCAACCUGAAGACGCACUCCCGCAUCCACUCUGGAGAGAAGCCCUACCACUGUGAUACCUGCGGGGCCCGAUUCGUUCAGGUGGCCCACCUGCGAGCCCAUGUUCUGAUUCACACAGGGGAGAAGCCCUAUCCCUGUCACACCUGUGGCACUCGCUUCCGUCACCUGCAGACCCUGAAGAGCCACCUGCGUAUUCACACUGGAGAGAAGCCUUACACUUGUGAGAAGUGUGACCUGCACUUCCGCCACAAGAGCCAGCUGCGUCUCCACCUGAGGCAGAAGCAUGGCGCCGUCACCAACACCAAGAUCCGCUACAAGGUCCUGACCGACCCCUACCAGCCCAUCCUGCAGGCCUGUUGAAGGUCCUCCCUUUUACCCCUGACCUUUAACCCCUAACCAUAACCCCACAGAUACCAGGAAUAACCACAACAUUUAUGUCAAUCAAAUCAUGUUGUUAUGGUCCAUGGCUGUGUCCCAAAUGGCACCCUGGGCCCGGUUGCAUAAAUCUCCUCAAGUUAAUUUUAUCCUUAUCUGUUCCCUUGAAGUUUCCUUAACUUUAAAUCAGUUGAACAAAACAUUUUAAGGUGAAUUUCUCCCUUAAAUUAAGUGAAAAAGUUAAGGGUGCCCAUGAGGUCCCUUAAAUGCUUCAUUCAGUAUGGAUAUGAAUGUAAACAUCAUUUGUGGAGGUGAAUGUUACUUUCAUGGUUACAAAAGGAAAACAUCAACCAGCUAGCUACUUAGCUAAACAAUGGAAGGUGCACAAUCCAUGGCUACAAAGCUAGCUGGCUAGUUAGCUAUAGCUAUUCUGUAAGCUAGCUUGACGUACUAGAAAGUAAUAUAAACAAGUUGAGAAAAAAGAAACGUGGUUUAUUAUCUUCUGAAGCAAUUUGGUUAUCCUGUCUUGAUUGUAGAAGUUCUAUUUUGCUAUCUCACAAAAUGAAAGUGAUUUCUGAUGAGAGGUUUAGUCAGUGAACCAGGCCGUGUCCAUGGUAACCAGAUACACUUUCUGCCAUACAUGCCUUCAAACUACAGUAAAACCCAUUAAGUAGGCCCUUACCUAAGAAAAUAUUUGAGGGGCUCUAUGCAACACCCUUAAACAAUUCCCUUAGGUAAGAGGAAAUUAUUCCUUAAGGUAAACCCUUAAGGGAAACACUUAAAAUGUUUUAUGCAACCGGGCCGUGUACCUUAUAUAGUGCACAACUUUUGACUAGGGCUCAUGGAGCCUAUAGGGAAUAGGAUGCCAUUCAAAACUGCCUGGCCCCAUCAAGCCUACCUAAAUGAGAGCUCAGCUUCGCCCCUCAAAAACAUGAGCUCAAGCAUGUUUCACUCACUGGCUAGAGGGGCCAUUAUAACACAUAUACAUGACUAGUUGUAAGCCAAUCAAACCAUGAUGUUCUAAUAUGGUUUGGGGAAAGGCAGCGGCGCCAGAGAUCUGAGCUGAUAUGUAGAUAGCAUGUCAAUGCCUCUCCUCUGAGUUAUUGAGCUGGAGGCUGUCUCGGGCCGCUUUAAGCGUUAGGUGGAUAACAUGUCAAGAGAGCUGUCGAAAGUUACUGGGAGUAGUAUGGUAUGUUUUUGGAUCCCAGCAGGUGUUUUGAAAAGUUUAGAGUUUUGAGGUUUAGAGUAGAGAGUGAGUGAGACAAAAAGACAGAGAUAGAAGGGAAGGGAAUGGAGAGAAGUAGGAUGAAGGGCUAAAGUGCUAGAAGAGGAAAUACAUUUGACAUGGUUGGUUGGAAUCAUGAGAUGAGGAAUUGACUUUAUUAGAGUGAUGGAGAGAAUGGCAUAGUAAGUUGUAGAGUUGAAUAGAGCAAGUGAAAUAAAGUUUUCCGUGCCAAUGCUUUGUUCAUUUUCCAGUCCCACAGCUAUUUUUAGGGACCGGGACACAUUGGGGACCUGUUGAGUAUUUGAAAGGGCAAUGCCACAAAGAUGUCAUUGCAUAACAAUAUAGAGAAAGGUAAUAAUGCCCCAAGCACAAAGGUAAUAAUGCCUCAAGCAAUAACGUAUGAAUAAACUAGCCUGAUUGUGCCAGCUUUAAAUAGCUUUUUAACCAAUGUUAAUUUUUUACACACUAAAACCAAAGGCCUGGGGCCUUUGUCUAAUGUACACUACCGUUCAAAAGUUUGGGGUCACUUAGAAAUGUCCUUGUUUUCGAAAGAAAAGCAAUUUUUU